AGCUUCCGGCGGAAGCGGCGCGUGAGGGAGAGACCGGGAACGGGACCGGGACCGGGAACGGGAACAGGACCAUGAACAUCCGCAACGCGCGGCCCGAGGACCUGAUGAACAUGCAGCACUGCAACCUGCUGUGCCUGCCCGAGAACUACCAGAUGAAGUAUUACUUCUACCACGGGCUCUCCUGGCCUCAGCUCUCGUACAUCGCCGAGGACGAGAACGGGAAGAUCGUGGGUUACGUCCUGGCCAAGAUGGAGGAGGAUCCCGACGACGUCCCUCAUGGACACAUCACGUCCCUGGCCGUAAAACGCUCGCACCGGCGGCUGGGGCUGGCUCAGAAGCUCAUGGACCAGGCGUCCCGGGCCAUGAUCGAGAACUUCAACGCCAAGUACGUGUCGCUGCACGUCCGCAAGAGCAACCGGGCAGCUCUGCACUUGUACUCCAACACCCUCAACUUCCAGAUCAGCGAGGUGGAGCCCAAGUACUACGCGGACGGGGAGGACGCCUACGCCAUGAAACGGGACCUCACCCAGAUGGCAGACGAGCUGAGGAAGCAGGUGGAGCAGAAGGAGCGGGGGCGGCCCCCGGCCCCCACCGAGCCCCCCCGGGGUGGGGAGGGGGUCUGCGGGUCUGGGGGAGCCCCCCCGCACCCCCCCUCGGGCCCCCCUCCCCACGAGGACGGGGGGGGCGACAGCAAAGACGUGAGCGAGGUGAGCGAGACCACCGAGAGCACCGACGUCAAGGACAGCUCCGAGGCCUCCGACUCUGCCUCGUAGGGACCCCCGGGGACCCCCCAAAUCCCUGCGCCCCCCCCAGACCCCUGGGACCCCCCUCGGUGCUGGUGGGGGCAAUAAAGCUGCUCC